GACCCCUAGCACCACUUGGACUACCUUCGCCAAAAAUUCCCCUACUUAAGCGUGGAAAAUCUGCAAAUUGACCAUCAGUCCUUCUUCUAGCUCUCGAGUGAAUUCACGGAUCACUUCAUACCCUCCUCUCAUCAAAAUGAUGAAAUACAUCCUCAUUGCCUCUUUCCUCGGGUUGGCCUUGGCUCGACCACAACAAAAGAAUGAAGAGGUCACCAUUUUGAAAAGCGAACACGAAAACCUCGGAGACGGUACUUUCAAAUGGUUGUCAGAAUUGUCCGACGGCAGCAAGCAAGAACAGAGUGGAUACUUGAAACCUGCAGAUGCUGAGAACCCAGAAGGAAUUCAAGUUAUCCAAGGCUCAUACAGCUACUACUCUCCGGAAGGAGAACUCAUUGAGCUCACCUAUAUUGCUGAUGAAAAUGGAUUCCAGCCCCAAGGCGCUCAUCUUCCCACACCUCCACCAAUCCCAGAAGCUAUCCAGAAGGCUCUUGACAUCAUCUACAAGAACAUCGAGAACAACAAGGCCUAAGUUGUACUUUUACUGUUAUCGUUCCUCCUGAUGAGACACGCACUGAUCCCUCAAUUGGAUUUUCCAAAAAUAUCUAUUUAAAAUCGAGCCUUAAGCUUGUUAAUUUGCCCCAAACUACAAACCAAAUUCACACACAACCACCCCAUAAAUAAGCACAUAAAACAUGCUAAUAUAUAUUUUUUUGUACGUUUAUCUCCACUGCUUCUGACUCUUCUCAGUGUGCCACAAUGCAAUAAAAAUGUGAUGAUUUUGUAAAUUAUUCAUUUGAAACGAA